AUGGCUGCUUCCACCAAUGGGGCUAUUAUGUUAAAGACAAUAAAUUGUGAAGGCCAAUAUAAAGACAAGCAUGAAAUUAGUAGAUUGCUUUUGGAAUCCAUCAAUGAGAUAGGUGCCGAACAUGUGGUUCAAGUGGUGACUGAUAAUGCCCCUGUGUGCGCUGCUGCCGGUGCAAUAGUUGAGACUACACAUCCACAUAUCUUUUGGACACCGUGUGUGGUUCAUACUCUCAAUCUUGUUUUGAAGGAUAUAUUGAAGGCAAAGUCACAUGACCCGGGUGAGAGUGUAGAGAAAGAGUUGGGGUGGCUUACUGAAAGUGUUGUCAAUGAUGUGUGGUUUGUCAAGAACUUUAUCAUGAACCAUGGCAUGCGUUUGUCUAUGUAUAAUGAUCAUUGUGCCUUGAAGUUGCUCACUAUUGCGGAGACAAGUGAGACAAGAUUUGCCUCUCAUUUUGUGAUGCUUAAAAGGUUUAAAGAGGUGAAGAGUGGCUUGCAAGCUAUGGUUAUUAGUCUAAGAUGGGACAUGUAUAAGGAAGACGAUGUCAAUAAGGCAAAAGCGGUGAAGAAGAUGCUUAUUGAAGAAAGGCUAUGGGACCAAAUUGAUUUCAUAGUUGCAUUCAUGGGUCCUAUAUAUGAGAUGAUAAGGAUGACGGAUUUGGAUAGACCUUGUCUUCACUUGGUUUAUGAGUGGUGGGAUGUGAUGAUUGAGAAAGUGAGGAAUGCAAUUUAUAAGCCGAAAUUUGCAAGUGUCUUAGCGGAGAAGGAUGUAGAGGUAGAUCGAUUCUAUGAUGUGGUGUACUCCAUCUUAAUACAUAGGUGGACUAGAAGUUCUACCUCUCUUCAUUGCUUAGCACACUCUUUGAAUCCAAGAUAUUAUAGUUCUCAAUGGCUUGAGGAGGUUCCUAAUCGGGUUGCUCCACAUAGAGAUCCCGAGCUCAACAAUGAAAGGAGGAAAUGUCUUCAAAAGCUCUUUCCGGAUUCCCAAGUUCGCAACAAAGUGAUGGAGGAAUUUGCCUAUUUUUCAUUGAACAUGGGAGAUUAUUCAACACCCGAAGCUUUGGAGAAUAAGUUUCAUUUUGAGCCUAUAAUUUGGUGGGCAAUUUAUGGAGCUUCUACACCACUUCUUCAAACUUUGGCUCUUAAGUUGCUCAAUCAACCUUGUUCAUCUUCUUGUUGUGAACGCAAUUGGAGCACAUAUAGUUUCAUAUAUGGUUUGAAGAGGAACAAGUUGGAACCAAAAAGAGCUCAAGAUUUGGUUUAUAUUCAUACCAAUCUUAAACUUUUGGCUAGGAGGGAUCCUAACUAUUACAAAAGCAAGGAAACAAUGUGGGAUCUUGCGGGGGAUGGCCAUGAGUCAUUGGUGGAGGAGAAUGUGGAUAUGCUAGAGCUUGCAACUUUAUCCCUUGAUGAACCGGCAUUAGAGAGGGUGAUUUUCAAUGAUGAGAUGGAGUCUUGA